AUGCGCAACCCCGAUACUGUAUUACCUACCUACUUCCCUCCGCGCCGUGCUUAUACUUUACCUUCGUACGACCCGUAUCUUCCUAGCGAUCGAAUGACACCCACGGGUACGAACUAUACUGUGACUGCCCCUGAUAGGAAGAGAAGAUGGUUCACAUUCAUAGUGGAAUACGCUCAUGUUAUAGGGCUCGUUAUUGCCGCUAUUGGAAUCGUUGUCGCUGUUAUUGCUGUCGUGGUCAAUCGAAAGAUGGACAUGCGUUACCCCAACCAGGCCCACACUACUGCAGCCUCUUGGGUUACCACCAACCCCACGCUACUACCCUUACACAUUCAGCCAGCCAGCCCUGGAUAUGAGCUUUUGACUGUCCUUCGAUUGUGCCUCGAAGAAUUGAGAAACAUUAGGCAAUUACUGGCCCGUUUAGUUGAAGCCGUUCAACCACUGUUUCAACUUCUUCACAGAGACGCCUGGUACAUGUUUGCUUAUUUUGUUGCCGACUGGGUUGUCGGUCUCAUCGCCUCUGUUGCUGGCGUUAUUCAGGCCAAGAAAUAGGAUACGGGGGAAAGAAAGAGUCAGACUUCGCUUGCGAGUAGUGCUGGUCAGACACACCCAAGAUCAGACUGAAGUCGAGAGACAGUGAAAGGAGAGGAGCGGAGGAAAGCAGUGCGCGUACUUUUUGCUAGGAGGAAAGAAGAAGUAAUUUGUGUUGUAAGCAGGAUGCGACAUGCCGUUCGUUGAAAGGGUUGUGGAGGAGUUACGGGGAGUCUGUUACUGGAUAUUCUAGAUAAGCCAAAGGCUUCGCAAGCCUGUAUAUAGUACAAGUCUAGCUUUGCGUAAUCCUAUUACAAUUUGUUGUGACGCUACAGCUGCAUUACUCACGAAGACGUUGUGUUG